UUUCCUGGUCAGUCCGUCUGAUGCUGGAGUCGGAGUCGCGUCUCUGGGAUAAUCUCAUCGAUCUGUUCUUCUGAUUGCAUCGAUAUGAAGGCGCUAAUAGGGCUGCUGCUGUUGGUCUUUGGUCACGAUGUGUCCUCGGUGAUUCACUCUCUGCAGACUUUCGAAACGGCGUCGUCUGGACUCUCAACCUUCCCAGAGUUUGUGAGUGUUCAGAUGGUGGAUGAGGUUCAGAUUGAUUACUAUGACAGCAACACCCGGAGAAUCAUAACCAAACAGGACUGGGUGGACCAGGCCAACGAAGACAAAGUCCCAGGCUACCUGGAGAGUGAAACUGAAAGGAGAAAGGGUAACCAGCAGGUCGCCAAAGGCAACAUGGGGACUCUGAAGAAGCGCUUUAACCAGACAGGAGGUGCCCACAUUAUUCAGAAGAUGACUGGUUGUGAGUGGGAUGAUGAGGAUGAUACUAUUGAUGGCUAUGAGCAGUAUGGUUAUGAUGGAGAGGACUUCCUAUCGUUGGACCUGAAGACCCUGACCUGGGUUGCUCCAGUACACCAGGCUUUAACCACCAAACUGAGAUUGGAUCACAAUACAGCUUAUAAUCAAUACUUGAAGAACUACUUCAACAAGGAGUGUGUUGAUUGGCUGAAGAAGUUCCUGGCCUACGGGAAGAGCACUCUGCAGAGAACAGAGCUUCCGCGGGUGUCUCUGCUCCAGAGGAGCCCCUCCUCCCCAGUGGUGUGCCAUGCUACAGGCUUCUACCCUGACAGGGUGGUGGUGUUCUGGAGGAGAGACGGCCAGGAGCUCCAUGAGCAGGUGGACCCCGGGGAGGUCCUCCCCAACCACGACGGGACCUUCCAGGUCAGCGUGGACCUCAACCUCACGGCCGUCCCACAGGAGGACUGGGGGAGGUACGAGUGUGUGGUCCAGCUGAAAGGCAUCGAGGACAUCUCCACCCCCCUGGACCGCGCCCGCAUCAGGACCAACGGGGAGGGCAGUCACAUCCUUGCUUUCAUCCUCACUGGAGUUGCUGUUCUAGCUGUUGUUGUUGCUGCUGUUGUUGGAGUCUUUCUGUACCGGAAGAGGAACGAUUCAGACAAGCGUCACAAACCAGUUGGUUCUGACACCAGCUCUGAGAACACUGAGGGGCAGAAGCUGGCUCCUGAGGCCCAACCUCUGACCACAGUUCAAAGUUAAAUCAUGAAGAGGCUUCUCACGUUCAGCUUCCUAAACCAGGAUGGAGUGCAUCGCUGUUCAUUUAUAAUCCUUACUAUCAGGCUUGGGACUUCAGCUAACUGCAGAGUCUGCAUUUGCUAAAUUACAAUAUUCAUACUUAACUCUAUUUUGAUAACAAUCAAUCUGUAAGAAGUGUCAAUCAAUUACAUCUCUAUUUGUGAUAGAUUUGAUUAACUCUGCCGCUUCACGUUAAAACCUUUUAAUUAUGUUAUAUUGCUUAGUAAUAUUUAAGUUUCAAAUAAUGUUCAAAGAUUCUGAAUCAAGAUUUUGGACAGUGAGAUUUUGUCAAGUUUCAAUACAAUAAUCGAUUAAUUUAAUGUGUUUCAUUAAAAUAUAUUAUUUGAGCCUUCUGGUAGCUUGAGAACUGCAUUGUUAUAGGCUACCACAAUCGUGCUAGGCCGCUUUAGCCUUAAAUCUCUUUGUUGUAUUUUCUGUGUUCUUUGGGGAAUUGGAUAGUAUACUUGGGUUAUUCUGUCAAUAAAAUACAUAAAAAAUGUUUUAGCCUAUAUAUAUAUUUAAUAUACUUAUCGUUAGGACAAAUAUGAACUAAUUGAUUUUAAAAUAAUAUGAAGUUGAAUUAAAAAAUACAAAAAAUAAUUAUGCUGAAUUAUUAUCUAAAGUUAGAAAAAUAUGCGAAGCGAUGUGUUACAUAUACGUUCACAAAAACAUUGAAUGGUAAUUAUGAUUUUAGGUUAUUUAGAUAGGUAUUUAGCCUUUCAUUUAUUCAGUAUUUGAUAAUAUCCUAUGAUAUUCAAUAUGAACACAAUUAGGCCUAUACUAAAUGUAGUUAGCUUCAACAUCAUGAAAACAGAGAUAUAAUCUUUCUGCAGAUCAAAUAAUAGAAUUUACAAAUCCUUAUUCAGUUACCCGCCCAGCUAUCGUGUAGGACCAAGAUGGCUGCCGAGUGAUUUAAGGUGCGUUCACAGUCCUGGUGAUAAUGCGACGGCUCGCCACUGAUGACGCUCACGCCGACACGUGUUCCCGCCAGCAACCGAUCACGUGCACUGCGUUGGGAACCUAAAAGAUCUUAACAGCAGUUUUUUUUUUGCUAGAUACAAAAAAAGUCAGAACUAAUCAGAACUUAGUAGGAUCAGUUUCAAGUUCGAAGGUCUUUAUUUCCUUGUAGCCUACCAGCUACUAUCCUUUUGCUUUUCUUUAUGAGAAGCACAUUGUAUUGCCACUGUAUGAAAGGCUACACAUGCCCUCAUCUAGAGAUGGUUUACCAGUGCUCGAUGCCAACAGACGGUUACGACGUCAAUCAAAAGUAUUGAUAUAAUUGUUGAUGAACAGAAGUAGAAUCAUAAGAGGGUCUUGAAGUGUCGUUCAUGAGAACUUUCCGAUGUCUCGAAAAUGUUUUCCCCAUAAUUCCCAGCGAUGUUAAUGCAACAUAAGGCCCAGGACUGAUCUGACCGGUUUGGAGACAGUCUGCCUGGGCGACCUGAUUGGCUGCCUGGGUCACAUGGUAUAAUGAGUCUUUGGCUGUGGAAAGCCCCGGUAGCUGCAGCCUGGCUUCCCGCCAGAGACCAGGAGCACCACAACACCAACUGUACAAACCCUCAACACACGGCCUCCAUCUUGUCUCCUGACGUCAAAAGAAACGCAGAAUGGCGGCUUUGCUUUUUCAGCAUGUUGCAAUUUUUUUUUUUUUUUUUUUAAAUGAUAUAUAUAUUUGUUUUCACUAUGGCAGCGCCGUCUGCUCAGGGUGUGGUGACUGCAGGCCCAGCCUCUCUGUGAAGUGGUGGUAGCGUGGCGAUGUUAAGAGCUUUGGUUAUUUUGGAUUUACGCCAUAAAUGUGUGUGAAAUGUGAGUGAAAUGAGUGUUUGUCUAGACCUGUAGGUAGGCCUAUUGUUUUAAUACGUGGGGUAACGAGAAAGAUGCAGUAUUGUAAACAUGUUGAUUUUAUACAAUUGAGAUUAGCUCCAGUUUCCAUGUAUGGCAAAUUACACAGCUCAAUUUUCUCCUGAAUGUGCGUGCGUGUGUGCGUGCAGGCGGGAUGCCUUUUUGAUGACGUCAUACAUUUAUUCAUUGAAUAAAGGAACCAAACCAAAAACAAAAA